AUGCCGAAGGUUGUAUCGAGAAGCAUAGUUUGUUCAGAUACUAAGGAUCAGGAAGAGUAUAGUGAAGAGAAACCAUUGCAUAUUUACUACUGUCUUUGCGGUCAGAUGACACUGAUAUUAGAUUGUGCAGUAGAGAAGCUUCCUCUGCGACGAAGGGAUGGAGCUCGUGUGAUUGAUGGCAGCAAACAUGCACAUAAAGUCACUUGUGAUCAGGAUGAAACUGUAUAUUUAAAAAGACCUGAAGGAAUUGAAAGGCAGUAUAGAAUGAAGUGUAAAAAGUGUGGACUACUGCUUUAUUACAAACAUGAUCCAAAAAGCAACAUUAAUUUCAUAGUUAAAGGAGCAGUCAUUAAGAGCUCAGGUGAAGGCCCUAUGACAACUAUUUACAACCAGGUUGCUGUUGAGAAGCCAAAGAAGAUAAUGGUUACAAAGCACACAAAGAACAUGGGUAAAUUCAGCUCUGUAACUGUGUCGACCAUAGAUGAAGAGGAGGAUGAGAUUGAAGCUCGUGAAGUGGCUGAUUCAUAUGCAAACAAUGCACGGAUCAUUGAGAAGCAAUUGGAAAGGAAGGGCAUGAACAAAAGAAAGAUGGUUGUACAACAGACACAAGCAGAAAUGGAUGCUAAGCGUAAUAGAGUGCGUGGGACACUUAUUGAUAAAUGAAAAUGGACAGAGUAGGAAUGGUGAAUGAUUCUUUUGUGCUAUCUUCAUGUAUGUAUAAUUCUUAUGUAAAACUGUGCAAAUUAUCAUUACCAUUGAAAUUAAUUAGAUAUAAAAUGGAUUAUUUGGCUGCUUUUUCUUGAAAAAUGAAUAAGUAGUAAUAAAAAAGUAUUUGGCUGCAUAAAUUAUUGGUUCACAGUUAAUUUUAUUCCCCUCUUUCAUGCAACAGUGUUGUGUCUGCAGCCUAGAAACUUUCCAUUACUCUUAUGCCUAGGAUAUUUGUUUCAUGUGUGAAAGACUGUGUGGCCUGAGAAGUAAUAGAUAUCAGUUACUUAAGGAUGAGUUAUUUUCAUAUCUUAAGCCAGUCCUCUUGUGUGGCUUUGCCAUGCCCUGAUGAUCGAGUUAGCAAGCACUUCUGAAAUGUCAGUAAACUUCUACCAGACUACAAAUUGCAACAUCCCAGAAGACAGUUGUCUUUAUACUUAUUGUCAUGAGAACAUGAAAUCUCACCAGUUUCCCAUUUUAUUUUAUGUACAGUAUUGUAGAUGAGCCUGGUGAUGGCUGUGAAGUCAAAGCAUGUUGCUUAUUCAGUUCACAAUUGUAUUAUUCCACUAUGUAAAACUAUUAAAUAAAUAAAACUAAGUUUGUUACUA